GUCGUCGCCACUCUCGUUCGAGCGCGAUAUCUUUCCGUGUCUCCAUUCUCGUCUAUCUGGCCAAGACGGCACAUCUCUGAACGAUCUCUGAACGAGGGGAGAAGCGACUGAAUGUCAGUGGCGCGAUGGACAACUCGUCUCCCAGUGCUGCCCAGGGGCCUCGCAUUACCAUCAAUGAUCUUCCACUUGACGUCCUCCUUGUUAUUCUCCGCGACGCAUAUGCAUUCAGACAAGCAACGUAUGGCCACUCAUGGGACCCAUCUUCGCGACACUGGCAGGACGACCGAGACCCCCACCAUCCCUCCGCAGAGUGUCUAGCCUCUGUCUGUCCCGAGUGGCGAGCGGCCAUGUCUGUUGUCUCUGUCUUCUGGACAAAAGUGAUCAUUUGGCUGGGGACAUGGGAUCCUACUCCGCUUUCGAGGAUUCGCCAAUAUCUCGCCUGGUCGCGAGCGCAACCCCUUGACAUCUACGUUUUGCGGAGACGGGAGCAAACAAUGGAGGAUCGUACAGAGAGGGCACGGAUCCACGCUAUCAUGGAGCUUUUGCUGCCGCAUAUGAGCCGGUGGGCGAUCUUACACUUGCAUCUCCUGCAUUCCAGCUCGCUGCCGCUCCCGGGUGUCGACCUCGUCGGGCAUGCGAAGGGCCUCCGGCAUUUGACACUCCAGUCUAUUCGUGAUGAUCCUGUGGAUGAUACAGACUCAACCACGCCGACUGCAGGGGAUUUCGACACUCCCGUGCUCCACAAACUCAGAAUGUGCGGUGCCCGCUUCCGCGAAUCGUACAUGAAGCGUUUUCUCGGUCGACGUAUCUCGCCCGUGCUAUACAGCGUCAACCUCACCAACUAUGCCUCGCACCAUGCGCCCUUCCCCCUCGUCGACCUCGUCGCGUUCCUCCUGACCUGUGGAAAUCUGAAGAACGGCGAGUUGACCUUGGAUAACCUCCAUCUGGAUAUCUCCUACUCAGGUCCACCCCUCAUCGCGGGCCCUGGGUACGAAUGGGUCGACGAGCUACAAUUUGCGAACAUGUCCGCCGACGUUAUAGCGGAGUACCACCGCCUCUGCAAUGCCGAUGUCGCUAGAAAAGUGUUUUACACGCGGUGCACUCUACCUCGCGGGCGCUCGAAACCACGCUUCUUGGCAGACUCAUACAGCAUCGUCCUGUACGAAAUCGAGGACCCAGACACGCUCAUCUAUCUCUACAGGGGCGCAUCAGCCUCUGAUGUGGAGAUUUACAGCUGCGGGGGCUUGAACCGCGAGGUGCUCCAAGAACUUGCGAGACCAUCCUACCACCACGGUGUAGUCGACUGGCCGCUCCAGCACCUCGAAACUCUCUGGAUUCGCUAUUGCAAGAACGUCUGCAGUGCCGAUAUCAGGGCAUUCGUCCAGGCGCGCUUCGAGGCUCACGCGGCAACGCAGGGUGCUGUGGAUUUGAUCAGCGAACUGCGUGUGGCCGGUUGUGGCCGUUUAGCUCGGGAUGACAAGAAAUGGCUUAACAAGAACGUAGACUUGGUGGAGUGGAGCUAGUCAGGAAGUAGACCACGACCAUGAUCCGGGUUUCAAGUACAAGGUUCUGUAUAAUAACCGUAUUCUGGACCUGCAUUCGGAAUGUACACAACUAAGUGACUGUCCUUGG